AUGGCUCUCCAAAAGAAAAUCGCCGUCAUUAUCGGCAGCACAAGGACCAACCGCGUUGGCCCCGCCGUUGCCAACCAUGUCUUUGAUCUCCUCAAGCCCCUCGCAGCCACCGCCGGCGUCACUCUCGAUUUGAUUGAUAUUGUUGAUCAAAAGCUUCCUCUUUACGACGAGCCAACUCACCCUGGUGGCCUGCCCAAGGAGGAUCCUACUCCUCACUACGCCAAUGACUUUUCUCGCAAGUGGUCCGGCUUGGUUCGUCAGUAUGAUGCUUACGCUUUUGUUACUCCCGAGUACAAUGGCAGUGUACCUGCUGGUUUGAAGAACGCUCUGGACUAUCUAUUCUAUGAAUGGUCCGGAAAGCCUGCAGGAAUUGUCUCUUACGGUGGCGGUGGCGGUAAGAAAUCGGCUGCUCAUCUUGAGGAUAUCUGCAAGGUGCUCAGACUCAAGAGUGUUCCUACCAAGGCCGCCUUCAGAACCCCGCGUGAUUUGCUCCCGCACUACCUUGAAAAGAAGGAGGUUACUGCUGAGAACUUGCAACUCUGGAAGGAGGCUGGAUCAGAUGCGGCCGCUGAGACGAUGUUUUCCGAGAUUCUAGAGCAGCUCAAGGCGAAUGAGAACGAAGCUGCCCAGUAG